GACAACGAUCGAUGCUGUAUAUGUGAUCCUGAUGCAGUCUGGGCGGCGCACCCGAGUGUCUUGACGGGAGUUUCCUGCGAACCACAGGGAUAGUGUCCGACUCACACCGCUGAAUAGAAGACACCAUGGCAUCCGCGAACCCCAUCCCGGAGGAAACGUCGGCGUCGUGUCUAUCAAGUCAGCAGGACGAAUUGGAUGCGCUUGAAUCGAUUUAUGGCGAGAAGAUCUUCGCGCGGACCAAGACGGGAAAUCUCCUUGGUGCUAAGCUGACAUUCUCCACGAGACUCCCCAGAGAAAGUGUCAAUGUGAAACUGGAUGUCCCGCAAUUCGAAGCCCAGAGUUUCAGGGUCAACUAUCUACCUCCUCUCUAUCUGGAUCUGGUCUUCCCCGAGGGAUAUCCAGAGUUGGAGCCGCCACGCUUCGUCAUACACGCACAAUGGUUGAACAUGUUCGAGCUCAAUAAAAUAUGCGCUCGCUUGGACGAAAUGUGGAAGGAGAAUGAAAACAUGAUCAUUGUCUUCAACUGGGUUGACUUUUUGGAGAACGAGCUUCUAAACUUCCUUGGGAUCGCCGACGAGAUAGACCUGAAGAAGCUCUUCUUCUUCCAAAAUCGUUCCAGCCACACGAGGAAGCGCGAGAAAACAUCUGAAGACUCUGCCGGUACCUCGUCGGAACCAGACAGGCCAAGGGAUUCGUGGAGCAGAUUCGAUCGCCGUGCCAAACUCAUUCCUCUGCCCGUUUCGAAUAUCGUCCCGUUCCUGAAGGACUAUAACGUCACUGCGAAGCGAGAGCAUUUCGAGAACACUCCAUUCGAAUGCACAAUCUGCUUCAAUAGGGUACCUGGCAAAGAUGCGACGGUCUUCAGCCCUUGCGGACAUGCAUUCUGCAACGACUGCACCGCGCAACACAUCCGCACCCAGAUGGACGGCGGUCUCGAGAGCGGGGUUGUAACCUGCAUGGAGCCGGGAUGCGAUACAGAGAUUCUCGGUAGCGAAGUGAAACGACUGAUAGGCGCCGAAUGCUUCGAGCGUUACGACGAACUGCUGUUGAAGCGCUACCUAAACUCAGAGAAAGAUAUCACCACUUGUGCCCGUCGAUCUUGUGAGAAACCUGUGAUCGCCGAUCCGUCAUCGACCGUUGCAACCUGCGCCGAAUGCAAUUAUUCGUUCUGCACGGAUUGCCGCCGUGCGAACCAUGGUAUCAACCCGUGCAUCCUCAACUCAGAAGCUGAGAAGGCAACGAUAGAGCAAUAUCUGAAGGGAGAUUCGACGACGCGGGCGACGUUGGAGAAGAAAUACUCUAAAAAAUACCUCAAGGCUUUAAUCGCCAACGACGAGUCGGAGAAGUGGAUUUCGAAGAACUCCAAGAAGUGCCCCAAUUGUCGAACAGACAUCGAAAAGAGCGAAGGCUGCAAUAAGAUGGUCUGCUGGAAAUGUCAUAGCAAAUUUUGUUAUUUGUGUGGAAAGGACCUAGAUCGCUUGAAGAACCCCUACGAUCACUUCAGUGUGUCGGGAUCGCUGUGUUACAUGCGGCUCUUCGAAGGAGCCGAGGAUGGAGAUGAGCACGAUGAUGACGACGGGGAUGAAGACGACGAAGGCGCGCAUGAUGGGAUAAUCGCCUUAGUCGAAUUCGACGUGGAGCAAUUUCUGAACGAUCCGCGGUUCCGCUGGUUGGUGCCUUGAGAUUGUCGGAAGCUUCCCAAUCAAUCGGUAUGAUCAUGGUGGCGAAAUAAAGUGUUUUGGAAA